GAUGUAGAAUCCCAAACAGUGAGCUAAUGGCAGCUGUCUGAAACUGAUUGCAUCUGUGUUGUUUAUUUCAGGAUGGCUGUGGAAUCAUUAUCUCCAGAUUGGGAGUUUGAUCGAUUUGACGACGGAUCACAAAAAAUUCACACGGAAGUGCAGCUUAAAAACUAUGAGAAGUUUUUAGAGGAGUAUACUGCUCAGCUCCGGGGGAUUGAAGAAGCGUUGGAUGACUCUGUCGGAGAUGUUUGGGACUUCACUCUGGACCCCAUUGCUUUGAAGCUUCUCCCUUAUGAACAGUCCUCACUGUUGGAGCUUAUCAAGACAGAAAAUAAGGUGCUUAAUAAAGUCAUCACAGUGUAUGCAGCUCUUUGCUGUGAGGUCAAAAAGCUGAAGUAUGAGGCUGAAACCAAGUUCUACAAUGGCUUGUUGUAUUAUGGGGAAGGAGUUUCAGACACUAGUGUGGUGGAGGGAGAGUCUCAAAUUCAAAUGGGCCGCUUCAUUUCCUUUCUGCAGGAGCUGUCUUGCUUUGUGGCACGCUGCUUUGAGGUGGUGGUCAAUAUGGUUCACCAGCUGGCUGCUUUGUACAACAGUAACAAGAGUGCAACAAAAAUCAUCGAGUCCACUGGAGUACACUUUCAGACUGUUUACGAGCAUCUAGGUGAACUGCUGGUGGUCCUUAUCACACUGGAUGAGAUCAUGGAGAACCAUGCCACGCUGAGGGAGCACUGGAAGAUGUAUAAAAGGUUACUGAAAUCAGUCCAUCAUAACCCAGCUAAGUUUGCGAUCCCAGAGGAGAAGCUGAAGCCCUUUGAAAAGCUCUUACUGAAGCUGGAGGGGCAGCUGUUGGACAGCAUGAUCUUUCAGGCUUGUGUGGAGCAGAGGUUUGAUGACCCUGGAGAAGGCGUAUCGGUCUCAAAAAACAGUGCCUUUGCUGAGGAGUUUGCCAACAAUAUCAGAACCAUUUUUGCCAACGUUGAGUCAAAGCUUGGUGAGCCAUCGGAGAUUGAUCAGAGAGAUAAGUACGCAGGCGUCUGUGGUCUCUUCGUACUGCACUUCCAUAUCUUCAGGGCUGUCGACAAGAAGAUCUACAAAUCUCUGUUGGAUGUGUGUAAAAAGGUCCCUGCAGUGACACUAGCAGCUAAUAUAAUUUGGUUUCCUGACACGUUUCUGCUAAACAAAGUCCAAGCAGCAGCUAAACUGAUGGACAAGAAGAGUAUUCAGAGCAUCCGCAGCAACAGAGAUACAUUCCUGCAACAAAAGUCACAGACACUAAUGAAGGACAUGCAGUCUUACUACAUAUUUGUAACCUCUUGGAUGAUGAAGAUGGAGUCCAUAUUAUCAAAAGAACCAAGACCAGAAAAACUGUCUGAAGAUUUGAGCAACAGAUGUAAUAUCUUUGUGCAGGGAGUGCUGUACGCUUACAGCAUCAGCAUCAUCGUCAAGACCACCAUGAAUAUGUACAUGUCCAUGCAGCGGCCCAUGACCAAGACCUCUGUGAAAGCCCUCUGCAGACUGAUGGAGCUGUUAAAAGCUGUGGAGCACACUUUCCACCGGCGCUCAUUGGUUGUGGCUGAUUCUGUAUCUCACAUCACGCAGCAGCUGCAGUCUCAAGCUUUGGCUUCCAUUUCUAUUGCUAAGAAAAGGGUGAUUUCUGAUAAAAAGUACAGUGAGCAGAGGCUGGACGUGCUGUCUGCUCUGGUUCUGGCUGAAAACACUCUGAACGGGCCCAGCACUAAGGAGAGGAGACUCGUAGUAUCUCUGGCUCUCAGUGUUGGCACUCAGAUGAAAACCUUUAAGGAUGAGGAGCUCCUGCCUCUACAGCUUGUGCUUAAGAAACUGGACUUAAUCAGUGAACUCCGAGAACGUGUCAAAGUACAAUGUGACUGUAGUUUCCUCUACUGGCAUCGUACAGUGUUCCCCAUCUACCUGGACGACGUGUAUGAAAACGCUGUUGAUGCGGCCAGAAUACACUACAUGUUCAGUGCGCUUAGAGACUGUGUGCCCACAAUGUUACAUGCCAAACACAUGGAGUCAUGUGAUCAGCUACUGGAGUGUUACGACACUGAGAUCAUGGAAAUCCUCAAUGAGCACUUGCUAGACAAGCUGUGUAAGGAGAUCGAGAAAGACCUGCGUUUGUCUGUGCACACACACCUCAAACUGGAUGACCGAAACCCUUUCAAAGUGGGCAUGAAGGAUCUGGCUCACUUUUUCUCUCUCAAGCCCAUUCGUUUCUUCAACCGGUUUAUCGACAUCAAAGCCUAUGUGACCCACUAUCUAGACAAGACAUUUUACAACUUGACGACUGUGGCUCUCCAUGACUGGGCCACUUACAGUGAGAUGAGGAACCUCGCCACACAGCGCUACGGUUUGGUCAUGACUGAAGCCCAUCUUCCCAGCCAAACUCUGGAACAGGGGCUUGAUGUCCUUGAGAUCAUGAGGAACAUCCACGUAUUUGUCUCCCGCUACCUCUACAACCUUAACAACCAGAUUUUCAUUGAGAAGACCAGCAACAACAAGCACUUGAAUACCAUUAACAUCCGACACAUUGCCAACUCUAUUCGAACACAUGGCACUGGGAUCAUGAACACAACGGUUAACUUUACUUAUCAGUUCCUCCGCAAGAAGUUCUAUAUUUUCAGUCAGUUCAUGUAUGACGAGCACAUCAAAUCCAGACUCAUCAAAGACAUCCGUUUCUUCAGGGAAACUAAAGAUCAGACAGACCAAAAGUACCCCUUUGAUAGAGCAGAGAAGUUCAACCGUGGCAUCAGGAAGUUGGGUCUUACUCCAGAUGGUCAGAGCUACCUGGACCAGUUCAGACAGCUCAUCAGUCAGAUCGGCAAUGCAAUGGGCUAUGUGCGGAUGAUUCGCUCUGGAGGGCUUCAUUGCUGCAGUAGUGCUAUUAGGUUUGUUCCUGAUUUAGAGGACAUUGUGAACUUCGAGGAGCUUGUGAAAGAGGAAGACCUCUCUGAAGAGACGCAGAAAGCUGCCAGCCAACUGGACUAUGUGCUGAGUGACCUGACCAGCAACUCUGCUGAAGGAACCGAGUACUUCAAGAUGCUAGUGGGCGUUUUCGCACCAGAGUUUCGCAGCAUCAAGAACAUGCACUUGAGGAACUUCUACAUGAUUGUUCCUCCUCUGACUGUAAAUUUUGUGGAACACUCCAUCAGUUGCAAAGAAAAACUGAACAAGAAGAACAAAGUGGGAGCAGCUUUUACAGACGAUGGUUUUGCCAUGGGGGUUGCCUACAUCUUGAAGCUUCUGGACCAGUAUCAGGAGUUUGACUCCCUGCAUUGGUUCCAGGCUGUCAGAGAGAAGUAUGUGAAGGAAAUGAAUGCGGUGGUAAAAGAGCAGAACGUUCAGUCUACCAGCCAAGAUGAGAAGCUCAUGCAGACCAUGAAUCUGACCCAGAAGAGAUUGGAUCUAUAUCUGCAGGAGUUUGAGCUGCUGUAUUUCUCUCUGAGCAGUGCUCGGAUCUUCUUCAGGGCUGAUAAAACAGCAGCAGAGGAGACUCAGGAGAAGAAGGACAGAGAGGAAGUUGCUAAAAGUGGUGCUGCUUCUUCAGCUGUUGAAGGUUCUCCCAGUGAACUAAGUGUCAAGUGAGACUGAGGAGCAGCUUAUGAAAGACAUGAACGACUGCCAAAAAGAGUGAAUAAUAUCAAUAUGUUCUUGAAUAGAAUGCUGAUUCUUUAAUGGAGAGAAUUGAUUCAGUCACUUCACUCCUGAGGAUUUAGACAAUGACCCACCACACUCUUAAUUUCUGUUGGAACCUGUAUAGUAUCUUAUUUUAUUAUUUUUUCAUUGUGGCUUUAUGCCAGCUGCACUCAUGCAACUGAAACUGACUGUGGACAUUGACUAAUGCUUGUUUGUUUUUAGACACUGAUUGUUAUUGUUUUAGGUGUCUUACAUGCCAUGUGCAGCAGUUGUUUCAAUCAGAAUGUUUUUCACAGAGUAAAAGGACAUUUGGCUAUAGAAAUGGGAAGCUAAUGAUUGGCAGAUUUUUCUUAACAUUCUUUUGAAUAUUAGGCAAUAAUAUUUUUAUAUGAUGAAGCUGACAUUUAGGAUCCAGAAAUUCAAUGAUAAUUGAACGAUCUGAUUAAUGAAAAUGUCAAUAUCAUGCAUGUAAACUAGAGUUUGUUAUUCUCAUGCCUGAGUACUAAUUUACUUUGUACUAAUGAUUUUAGUCUGCCUUAUAUAAAAAAUAAUUUGUCAAUCACAUUGUCAAAAGAAAAAAGCAUUACCACCAAUUCUGGUAAAGCUAAUGGUUAUGUGCUUUGUGCUGCCUAAGCUACAUUACAAUGUGGCCAACAGGAGAAAAAAAAAAAAAUUCUGAUGAUCAUGAUGAUUCUCAUGAUUCUGUACAAAUCAUGAAUACUGGGAAGAAAAUGUAAAGCACUGUGAUGGAGAGGAAGGUUAAUUGCACUUGCCUUAGUUGCUGCUGUUCUAGUAUUCAAAGUGGUGUUUAAGCAUACUACACAGCAGUUUCUUUAUUUCCAUGACAUUCCAUCUGUUGAUUUCUUGUGUAUUUUUACCUUUUGUAAAAGAGUUGUGCAUAUUAACCAUUAACCUAAUGCCAUCUUAUAUUAAAAGACAUUUGAAAAACUCGUCUGUAAACCAUCUGCUCGCAUCAAAUAAAGCAAUGUUGUUUCAAAGAAACAUCACACCA